AUGGCCCUUAGAGACAAAACCACACACGUCAGCUCACUCCGGAUUGAUCCACGAGACAAAACCUCACACGUCAACUCACUACGAACUAAACCACGAGACAAAACCUCACACGUCAGCUCACUCCGGAUUGAACUACGAGACAAAACCUCACACCUCAGCUCUCUGCGGAUUGAGCCACGAGACAAAACCUCACACGUCAACUCACUACGGAUUGAACUACGAGACAAAACCUCACACGUCAGCUCUCUACGGAUUGAACCACGAGACAAAACCUCACAUGUCAGCUCACUCCGGAUUGAACCACGAGACAAAGCCUCACACGGCAACUCACUACGGAUUGAACUACGAGACAAAACCUCACUCCUCAGCUCUCUACGGAUUGAACCACGAGACAAAACCUCACACGACAGCUCACUCCGGAUUGGACCACGAGACAAAACCUCACACGUCAACUCACUACGGAUUGAACUACGAGACAAAACCUCACACCUCAGCUCUCUGCGGAUUGAGCCACGAGACAAAACCUCACACGUCAACUCACUACGAACUAAACCACGAGACAAAACCUCACACGUCAGCUCACUCCGUAUUGAACCACGAGACAAAACCUCACACGUCAGCUCCCUCCGGAUUGAACCACGAGACAAAACCUCACACCUCAGCUCUCUACGCAUUGAACCACGAGACAAAACCUCACACGUCAGCUCUCUACGGAUUGAACCACGAGACAAACCUUCACACGUCAGCUCUCUACGGAUUGAACCACGAGACAAACCUUCACACGUCAGCUCUCUACGGAUUGAACCACGAGACAAAACUUCACACGACAGCUCUCUACGGAUUGAACCACGAGACAAAACUUCACACGACAGCUCUCUACGGAUUGAACCACGAGACAAAACUUCACACGACAGCUCUCUACGGAUUGAACCACGAGACAAAACCUCCCACGUCAACUCACUACGAAUUGAACUACGAGACAAAACCUCACACCUCAGCUCUCUACGGAUUGACCCACGAGACAAAACCUCACACGUCAGCUCACUCCGAUUGAACCACGAGACAAAACUUCACACGUCCGCUCACUCCGGAUUGAACCACGAGACAAAACCUCACACGUCAACUCACUACGGAUUGAACUACGAGACAAAACCUCACACGUCAGCUCACUCCGUAUUGAACCACGAGACAAACCUCACGCGUCAGCUCACUCCGGAUUGA